AUGUUUGCUGUUGUCGUGACACUCGUCAUCAGUUCCUUUGGCGCAUUGCUCACUUACUGCUAUGCAAAAUAUGGACGUCUCUACGCCUUAGCCAGCCGUUUUACCGGUCCACCGGCAUUGCCCCUCAUCGGCAAUGCGCUCACCUUUGCUAAUAUCAAAGCAGAUGAGUUUGUACGUCUCGGCUGGGAAAUGAUUGAAAAGUAUGGUAAGACGUAUCGCUUGUGGCUCGGUACCGAGUUGGUUAUAGUCAUGCAGGAUCCGAACGACAUUGAAGUUUUGCUCAGCUCAAAUAAACUGACAGUUAAAUCGGAUCAAUAUCGUUGCUUGAAAUGCUGGUUGCACGAUGGAUUGCUGCUGUCGCAUGGAUGUAAAUACCAACAGCGUCGUAAACUCGUAUCACCGACAUUCCACUUCAAGAUGCUGGAAGACUUUCUCAGUUCGUUUCAGAAACAUUCAAUGGUGUUGGUGCAGCAAUUGAACGAACUAUGCGCUGAAGGUCGACCCUUUGAGCUGCGCCACUUUUUGGGUUUGUGCACGUUGGAUACGAUUUGCGAUACUGCGAUGGGUGUACAUAUACAGACGCAACGUAAUGCGGAUUGUGAAUACGUUAAGGCAUUGGAAAGUCUCGUGGGAAUAAUACACCUACGCAUGUACGAUCUGAAAUAUUACUUUGAUUUCAUCUUUCGCUGCACAUCGAAAGCAAAAGAAGCUAAACGAGCACUUGCCGUAAUAAAUGAUUUCGCGGAACAGGUAAUACUGCAGCGACGCAACGAGUUGAUGCACGCGCCGAAGGAACAACAAGUGCUCGAAGCGGACAAUCAGCAAACGGCUGGUUCAAAACGCAGGAAAACUUUAUUGGACAUUCUACUAAACUCUACUAUCGAUGGCCAGUCGCUGAGCAAUGUCGAUGUACUCGAGGAGGUGCAAUCAUUCAUAUUCGCCGGUCACGAUACGCUAUCCUCGGCGUUAAUGUUCUUCUUCUACUGUAUAGCCACGAAUCGUGAGUGGGAGCGCAAAUGCUACGAGGAGAUACGCAGCGUUUUCGGUACUGAAAUUGACGCGAUCUCGGUCAGUCGCGAGCUCCUCAAUCGGUUGCACUACGUGGAUUUGUGCAUUAAGGAGUCGCUGCGCAUGUAUCCACCGGUGGCGCUGAUCGGACGCAAAGCCUUGGAAGAGACCAAAAUUAAUGAUCACAUAAUACCGGCCGGCGCAAAUAUUGGCUUUUCACCUUUGAUCUUUGGUCGUCUAUCUGAAGUUUAUGACGAUCCGAACACAUUCAAACCGGAACGCUUCGAGGAGGUGGCGUGUGAAAAUAGCGCAAAACUAAAUCCGUAUACGUUCACCUCAUUUUCGGCGGGUCCACGUAGUUGUCUGGGUCAAAAAUACGCCAUGCUGCAGAUGAAAGUGACAGUAGUGUAUAUUUUACUUAGUUUCAACAUGGAAUAUGCAGGCGAUGCUACGCAGGAGCUCAAACUAUCAAAUGAAGUGACCAUGCGUACGAAAGAUCCGCUAAUGUUUACGGUACGACCACGUGACGUAAAAAGUGUAAAUUAGUGGUGUAAAACAUUCCAUUAAUGACGAUGAAGUGUGCAGAAUAGUGUUAAUUUAGAGUAUAUUUAAUUUUUUUUUAGGGGUAGUUAAUUUGGUAUUAAUUCGAAAAUUAAUACCAUCUGAAAGUUUUGAAUUUUACUAAAUUUUGGCAAAAAAUCUAAAAUUUAGAAUUUUUGUAUUUUCCGGUAUUAAAUUUUUUUAAAAUAAUUAGUGUUAUAUAUAUUAUUGCUUUAUAUGCGACAGUAUCGAAAUAUUGCAGUAGAAAUAUUAAAAAUUUAAGUAAAAAACGAUUUUUUAGAACAAAAAAAAAUAAAAAAAAUAUGUAAAAUGACGAAAAUAUAUUAAUACAAUAAAUGUUUGAUAACUAAUUUUUAUAAAAAACAUAUAGCAGUGAAUUAAAAAUAAGCGAAGUGCUGAAAAAAGUGUUAAACAAGUAUUUUCGGGAUUUUUCCAAAAAAUUCUUUCCUUAGGAAAAAUAUUAUUUUUAUGCAAAAACAGCUGAAUGGCACCAAUCGAGCGAAAUCACGUGCUAAAAAAGCUGCGCCAAAUUCGUGAUUUCGGGAUUGAUUUUCACAAAAAAAAAAUAAAUUUCCUUCCAAAAGCAUUAUUUUUAUGCAAAAACAAUUUAAUUGCACCAAUAAUGAAAAAUCCCGAACCAAUCCCGAUCAUCGAAAUCGAGAUUUCGGGAUUUUCACUAAAAAAUUAAUUUUUU